GGAACGCAAAUUUUGGGUGUUGAGUAGCAAAGCAGAGUGAAAGUAGAAGUGGCCUUAUAGACACACCAUUGACCAGUGACGAUCCUUUUCUUCCUCGCAAUUUUGAUCUUCAUUCUUUGGAAACGCAAAAGAGUGCGUAUGAAGGAUGGGUAAAACAAUUGAGUUGUCUGGAUUUCCAUUUUAUGUUACCGUGGACCAUGUAAAGACAUAUGUGGAACAUAUUACUGGUGAAGGAACUGUAUUUGCUUUUAAGAUAAGACAAAGCCAAGGUAAGGAUCAAAGGAAAUACGCAAUUAUUCAAUUUAUCUCUGCAAGAAAUGCUUCACUCAUGAUGUCCAAAGCUACCAAAAAGUUGUUGUUUGGAAAUUCUCGUCUGAAGGCUAGGGAAAUGAUGAAAGAUAUUGUGCCAAACCCAAGAUCCUCUCAGCAUUGUUUGAACAAUGUGAAACUGCAUUUCGGCUGUCAGCUCUCAGAGGAAAGGAUCUCUGUUUUAUGGAGAAAUAUGGAUGUCCGUUUAUGUUUCGGGUCUGGAAUGAGAAAGUUUCAUUUCUUUCUGUCCCAUAACAAUUCAGAAUAUAAACUUGAGCUUUAUUAUGACAAUAUUUGGAAGAUUGAGCUGCAUCGACCCCGAGAUGAAACUGCUAAUUAUCUCCUGAUUCAGUUACUUGGUGCUCCCCGUAUUUUUGAGAAAGAAGAAUAUACUUUGGGAGAUAUAUAUGAUGAUCCGUUAUUCAACUACUAUAAAGAUGACUCCAAUGACCAAUGGAUUCGAGCAAUAGAUUUCACACCUUGCAACUGUAUUGGCCAGUCUACUGCUAUAGUUAUAGAGCUUCCAGAUGGCCAACAUUUUCCAGAUUUCAGGGAAAACUUUGGUUAUUAUGAGGAAAGUGAGAGGCCAUUCACUUUAGAGACAGGAGCUCCUUUUUCGAGCAAUCUCGGCCUUGUUCCAAUUGUUACUCCUCCACAAGGCACUCAAAUACCAUAUGAUAUCUUGUUCAAAGUUAAUUCACUGGUUCAACAUGGGUGUCUUGCUGGUCCAUCACUUGAUGAUGGCUUUUAUCGUUUGGUUGAUCCAUGCAGAGUGAAGCUUGAAUAUAUAGAACAUGCUUUAGAAAAAAUAUCUUAUUCAAAGGAGUCCUGUUAUGAUCCCAUAAAGUGGCUGAGUGAUCAGUACAGAAGGUACAUUGCCAGCAAUGCAUCGGGGAAGCCUCUUCGAUCACCUGCGAUAUCCUUGGAUACUGGUUUGGUCUAUGUAAAGAGGGUUCAGAUUACACCCUGCAAAGUGUAUUUUUAUGGUCCAGAGGUUAAUGUCUCAAAUCGUGUUCUUCGCCAUUUCCAGCAGGAUAUUGACAACUUCCUGCGCGUUUCAUUUGUUGAUGAAGAGUUAGAAAAACUGUAUUCUACUGAUUUGUCGCAACGUGCUUCUGUGAAUAUUAAGACUGAAAUAUACAUAAGAAUUCUUUCUAUCCUUAGAGAUGGCAUUACUAUUGGUGACAAGAAGUUUGAAUUUCUAGCUUUCUCGUCAAGUCAGUUGCGGGAAAAUUCUCUUUGGAUGUUUGCUCCUACAGCAACUGGACGUACUGCUGCAUAUAUCAGGAAAUGGAUGGGAGAUUUUCAUCGUAUUAGAAAUGUGGCCAAAUAUGCUGCUAGGCUGGGGCAAUCUUUUGGUUCAUCUACUGAAACACUAAGUGUUGAGAAGGAUGAAAUUGAAGUUAUUCCUGAUGUAGAGUUUAAUGGCUAUGUCUUCUCUGAUGGAAUUGGAAAGAUAUCUCGUGAAUUUGCCAAGAAGGUUGCUAAAAAAUGUGGUUACAGUUCUACUCCGUCCGCCUUUCAGAUCCGAUAUGGCGGAUACAAAGGAGUUGUGGCUGUCGACCCAACAUUGACAGCAAAGCUAUCACUGAGGAAGAGUAUGCUGAAGUAUGAUUCAGAUAACACAAAGUUGGAUGUUUUGGGAUGUAGUAAAUUUCAGCCUUGUUAUCUAAAUCGUCAAUUGAUUUCUCUGUUAUCUACUCUUGGCAUCAAUGAUGAAGUUUUUGAGAAAAAACAGAAAGAGGCUGUCGAUCAACUGAAUACUAUAUUAACAGAUUCAUCAAAGGCGCACGAGGCUCUGGACAUGAUGUACACUGGGGAAAUCAGUAAUGUUCUAAAGGAGAUGCUCAUCUGUGGCUACAAGCCGAAUGAAGAACCGUUUCUAUCAAUGAUGCUGCAAACAUUCAGGGCAUCAAAACUUUUGGAAUUGCGAAUCAAGACUAGGAUCCUUAUUCCAAACGGACGAGUAAUGAUGGGUUGUCUCGAUGAAACUGGAAGCCUAGAAUAUGGUCAGGUGUUCCUUCAAUUCUCUAACCAUAGUUCUUCUUCGUAUGGUCGUGAAAGAUCUUACAUAGUCAAUGGUAAGGUAGUAGUGGCGAAAAACCCCUGCUUGCACCCAGGAGAUGUGCGCGUUCUAAAGGCUGUGAAUGUGCCAGCCUUGCAUCACAUGUUAGAUUGUGUUGUUUUCCCUCAGAAAGGACACAGGCCUCAUCCAAAUGAGUGUUCGGGAAGUGAUUUGGAUGGCGAUAUUUACUUUGUUUCUUGGGACCCUGAAUUGAUUCCUUCAAGUGAAAUCGAACCAAUGGACUAUACUGCAGCUCCAAGUAAGGAACUGGAUCAUGAUGUCAUGAUCGAGGAUAUUGAGGAGUAUUUUGUAAACUACAUAGUUAAUGACAGUCUAGGAAUAAUUGGCAAUGCACACACUGUCUUUGCGGAUCGAGAGCCGUUAAAAGCAAUGUCGGAACCAUGUCUCAAGCUAGCAAAGCUAUAUUCAAUAGCAGUUGACUUUCCAAAAACUGGUGUUCCAGCCGUUAUUCCUCACGAACUUUAUGUAAAAGAAUAUCCAGACUUUAUGGAGAAGCUUAAUAAACCGUCCUACGACUCGCAGAAUGUUAUAGGAAAGCUUUUCAGGGAAGUGAGAGGAAUCGCAAUGAAUGCCAGCUCGAUCAUCACAUCCUUUACCAGGGAAGUGGCUAUACAGUCAUAUGACCCUGAUAUGGAAGUUGAUGGUUUUAUGGAUUAUGUUGAUGAUGCUUUCUUUCACAAAACCAACUAUGACUACAUGCUGGGAAAUUUGAUGGACUACUAUGGGGUCAAGACAGAAGCCGAAAUCUUUGGCGGGAAUAUCAUGAAAAUGUCAAAAUCUCUCGGCAAACAGAGGGAUUCAGAUGCAAUUAAUGCAGCUGUGAGGUCUCUAAGGAAAGAGGCUCGAACAUGGUUCAACGAUGGCGAUGGCGAUGAUGCCUAUGCAAAGGCUUCUGCAUGGUAUUAUGUUACUUAUCAUCCUGAUUACUAUGGUCUCUAUAAUGAAGGCAUGAAUAGGGGCCAUUUUUUAAGUUUCCCAUGGUGUGUUUACCCUCAACUUGUUCAAAUCAAGAAGGAGAAAGCCUGCAUUAGAAGGUCUGAUAGUCUUUCAAUGGAGGAUAGGUUUCUCGGUUGAGUUGGAAUUGACAAUUCUGCCCUUCUCUGCUGCUGUGGAGCAUGCAGCUCCUCUUUAUUUUCUAUGUUGUGAGUAAUUUAAGGGUGUGAAUAUUGUACAUGUAUGUAAAUAUGAUGAUGAAGAGUAUGUUAUGGAUGAGAGAAAUUGUGUGUGGACAUUGUAGUUGCAGAUGUGUUAAUAUAUCCUUCGUGUUAUUUCACAUAUAUGUAAAUGUAAUGCCUGCGAAAUAACGCAGGUCAAUUCCCA